CGGUGUCAGGCAGGCAGUCGUUCUGCACUUGUGGCACCGACAGGCGAGUCUUGAGCUCAGGAUGACCAAAAAACAGGAGCAUCUUGCGGACCGGGAGGAGGAGGAGCGGAGCCACAGGUUCCCUCCUCUGCUGCUGCUGGCCGUCGGCGGCUGUCUCUACUUCACCAUCUUCUGGUACGUGGUGUGGCCGCCGAUGGCCGACGCGUGGCUCGAAAGGACGCCCCCGCUGCACGCUGCGGUCAUCAGCCUCGUGUGGCUGACGGCCCUGCUGCUCUGGUCGCUGCCCCUCUGCUGUUUCGUCUGCUGGUGCGCACACAGGCAGAGGAGCCGCAUCGGAAAGGCCAUGCUCGCCAAGCGGCAGAAGCACCUCGCCGACACCAGACCCCAGGGGGUGCCAUUCGAGACGAACCUUUGUCUAGUGCAGCCGGACGGUCUGCUGCCCAAAGCACCCAGGUCUUAUCCCUCUGUGAUUAUUGAAGAAGAGGACAACAACUCCCAGUCAGAGUCAGGGUCGCCAGCUUCCUUUCGGAGGGACGAGUCGAGCACCAAGGCGCUGUACACGGGCUCGAGCAAGCGCGUCUCCCUGAUGGAGUCCGGCUCACAAUCAGGGUCGGUCGUGCUGGGCGAGCGGGACAUCGAGGAGGCCCUGAAGGCGGUCAGCGUUGCGUCCAGCGAGGAUGACGUCUUCCACAGGGGCACCAUCUACGUCACGCCUCGCACCAGCUUCGUGCUGGCCAUACACGAAGGCCCUGAGUCGCCGCAGAGUGCGCAGAAGGACGCUAUUAUUACUGAGCAUCCUGAACGUGAAGUGUCCUCGGAAGGUGACGUUGAUGAAGAGAGCUCUGACGGAAUCGAGGUUUGCAAAGUGCCCUCUGAAGAAGAAGAGGUCACUCAAGUGGUUGCUGAAGGGUCAGAAGCCACUCAGCAGGUGCCCGACGCGCGGAAGGUGUUGACGAAACAGAGCUCCCAGGUGGAGUUCUUCGUCGGUGGCUUCCGGAAGGAGUCUGUGACCAGCGAGGCCAUUAUCAAGGUCACUGAAGACGGAAUUGAGCAUUACACGCCAGGACAGUUCGCCAUCCUCACUUCGCCUGAACUCUGAUCGUCUUUUCUUGCGGACUCUGCCAAUAAUAUCUGCAGUUUUUAACUUCGAAAUUAAAUUUGAGGGCGUUGCAGUUUUACAGCUCCCAGAUAUUUAACUUUAAAUGGUAGGAAAUGAGGCUGGCAGUGCGUGCAAUAGUUUUGUUUAUUGAUGAAUUGAAGAAAAUAUUGAUUUUAAAAAAAUUCCAAUACCUUUUAGAUGACAAACGUACUUUUAGGACAUUCCUCUUCAUGUUUUUAUGGCCUCCUUUUGAUUCUUCAAGCAUCCUCAUAUUUAUAGCUUCUUUAAAUUUAUAUCAAUUGCAAACAGCUGAUUUAAAAAUGUUUUAAAAGUCACCAUUUUUAAUUUUGUCCUUCAUAUUUAAAUGUUUUCAAGCAGCUUUCCUGGAUAUGAAAAUAAAGAAAAUCCAAAUAUCAUUUUGUCAGUUGCAAGCAUUUUUAUACCAGAAAAAAGCCUCUCUGAAUUUUUCUUCUUCUCGUCGGUCUUUGAAAUAAAUUUGAAUCUGAUUUCUAUUCGCCGUAGUAUAAAUAUGUUGUUCUUGUUGUCGGAGCGAGUUUUGCAGAGUCCUGAAUUCGGAAUGGGAGACUCAUCGGAAGUGGAAUAGUGAUUAAGAGAUGGGACCGUCGUCGAGUGAUUCGUUUCAUUUCUCUCUGCUCCGGCAUUGCGUGUGCGUUUGUAUAUAUGUUUUUAUCUACCGGAGCAUGAUGUUACGAAUUCGAGGCAGGGAGCAGCUGCAAUAAUAUUUGGCGAGUCAGAAACGUUUUUCGCCUCCAUUCCUCUCGCUCGCUGUCAACGCACGUGAUUUCUCUGCUGUUUUGUGAUUAUUUUGCCGCGAUGGGAGCUGAGCCCCGGUGAUUGUUUCUAGAUGAGUGCCUGCUGCUGCCAAGCCAAGU